AUGGACUUGGCGGCUGGCGUGUCCACCGCCCUGCCGUCGGCUGCCUCCAUCCAGGACGCCGCUGAUGUGGCAAACGGGUCUCGGCCCGACCUCCAAGACGCGGUGCGCUGCCUCCUCGUGGCGAUGCGGGCGGCCACCAUGAACGCAACGUCUCCGGUGGUGUGGCCCGGCUGCACCGUGGCGGCUCCGGCAUCGUCGGCGUUCCAGCAGCCCAAGGCCGGCCGCGUCAAGGCCAAGCCGGCUCAGCGCACCGUGCUAGAGAGUAGCUCGGGCGAGGACUCGGGCUGGAGCUCCGCGGGAGCGUCUCGCCGCCCCCCGGAGCCAUCUUCACCUGCGUGCGAUGGCCAGGCACGGCAACAGGCCAAGCGCCACACGAGCAGGACUCGUGGCAGUGGAGGCGGAUCGGGCUCAGGCGAGGUAGAACUUACCGCAGCAUCCAGCGAAGUGGACGAGACGUAG